AUGCUCGGCUUCAAGCUCGAGACGCCUAACCGUGAGAAGGGCCUCACGGACAAGGUCCGUCCUAUCUACUUGGAUAUGCAGGCAACGACCCCAGUCGACCCCCGAGUGCUCGAUGCCAUGCUUCCCUAUCUCACCGACCAGUAUGGGAACCCCCAUAGUCGCACACACGCAUACGGUUGGGAGGCUGAGGAGGCCGUUGAAGAGGCGCGGAAGAAUGUCGCGGAUCUGAUUGGUGCAGACGCGAAGGACAUUGUCUUCACCUCGGGAGCAACCGAGACCAACAACAUGGUGGUCAAGGGCGUCGCACGUUUUCACAAGGACAAGAAGAAGCAUAUUAUUACCACGCAGACGGAACACAAGUGUGUUCUGGACUCGUGCCGAAAACUUGGUGAGGAAGGAUUCGACGUCACCUACCUGCCAGUACAGACCAAUGGUCUUGUUGACCUCAAGGUUCUUGAGGACGCCAUCCGUCCGGACACCUCCUUAGUCUCCAUCAUGUCCGUGAACAACGAGACUGGUGUCAUUCAGCCAAUCAAAGAGAUCGGCGAGCUGCUUCGUAAGCACCGUGGUGUCUACUUCCACACGGAUGCUGCGCAAGCUGUUGGCAAAAUCCCAGUCAGUGUCAACGAGGGCAACAUUGACGCUAUGAGUAUCUCUGGCCACAAGCUUUAUGGCCCAAAGGGCGUGGGUGCUGCCUACGUUCGUCGGAGACCUCGUGUUCGCCUGGAGCCCAUCCUCAGUGGUGGUGGUCAAGAGCGUGGCUUACGCAGUGGAACUCUACCCACAGCGUUGAUUGUUGGUAUGGGUGAGGCUGCCCGCCUCGCGAAGCUGGAGAUGGCCAGAGACGCUGCUCGCAUUGAGCAAUUAUCCAACAGACUGAUCGAUGGCAUCACUUCACAAGUCGACCAUAUUGUCCGGAACGGAGACGCCCAGGGGUAUCCAGGCUGUGUUAACCUGAGCUUCGCUUACGUCGAGGGCGAGAGUCUGCUGAUGGCACUCAAGGAUAUUGCUCUGUCUUCUGGCAGUGCUUGUACGUCAGCCUCGCUUGAGCCAUCAUACGUUCUCCGUGCUUUGGGCGCUGCUGAGGACAUGGCUCACUCGUCACUCCGCUUUGGUAUCGGCCGGUUCACGACGGAGGCUGAGAUUGACUUUGUCGUCAGCCAUAUUGUGAAGGUCGUGACUAAGCUGCGCGAUAUGAGCCCGCUUUGGGAGAUGGUACAGGAGGGCAUCGACAUCAGCACAAUCAACUGGUCUCAGCACUAA